CCUUCUUCUCCCCGCGUGGUGCCGGCUCCGCCUUUGGCUUGCCCGGCCAUGGGGCGGGAAGAGGGGCGGGCGGGAGGCGGCUCCGUGUCAUUCCUUCGGCAGCGGCGGCCGCGGCGUUAGCAUCGGAGGGCUCAUCAGACAGGAGGCGGCCGGAGGCAAUGCCAUGAUGGGAAUCAAGCCGGGUCCUGUGCAGAUCGUGCUGGUCCACAAAGAAGAACAUUCCUUCGAGUUGGACGAGAAGGCCUUGAGUCAAGUCCUCCUGCAGGAUGCCAUCCGUGACCUUGACGUGGUGGUGGUGUCCGUGGCGGGUGCUUUCCGCAAGGGCAAGUCUUUCCUGCUGGACUUCCUUUUGCGUUACCUAUACACACAGAAAGAAGACAGCGAUGAUUGGCUGGGGGUGGGGGAAGAGCCCUUGACGGGCUUUUCCUGGCGAGGGGGCUCCGACCCCGAGACCACCGGCAUUCAGAUCUGGAGCGAAGUCUUCAUCGUGAAGAAGCCAAGCGGAAAGAAGGUCGCUGUUGUGCUGAUGGACACCCAAGGGGCCUUUGACAGCCAGUCCACCGUCAAAGACUGUGCCACCAUUUUUGCCCUGAGCACCAUGACCAGCUCCGUUCAGAUUUACAACUUGUCCCAAAACAUCCAAGAAGAUGAUCUCCAGCAGCUGCAGCUCUUUACCGAAUACGGGCGUCUGGCCAUGGACGAAAUCUUUCUCAAGCCAUUCCAGACGCUGAUGUUCCUGGUGCGGGAUUGGAGCUUUCCGUAUGAGUAUAACUACGGCUUAGACGGAGGCAUGAGUUUCCUUGAUAAACGUUUGGAGGUGAAAUCUCACCACCAUGAAGAGAUCCAGAACGUUCGCAAACACAUCCAUUCCUGCUUCACCAACGUCAACUGUUUCCUUUUGCCCCACCCGGGACUCAAAGUGGCCACUAGCCCGAAUUUUGACGGCCGUUUGAGUGACAUCGCUGAUGAAUUCAAGGAUCAGCUGAAGCAGUUGAUCCCCUUCGUCCUGGAUCCCAGUCAGCUCUUGGAAAAGGAGAUCAACGGUUCAAAAGUGACCUGCCGAGGCUUGUUAGAGUAUUUCAAGGCCUACAUUAAGAUCUACCAGGGGGAAGACCUGCCACACCCCAAAUCCAUGUUGCUGGCCACGGCUGAAGCCAACAACCUGGCGGCUGUCGCUUCAGCCAAAGACCUGUAUUACAGCAGCAUGGAAAAGAUCUGUGGCGGAGACAAGCCUUACAUUGCCCCCGAGGUGCUGGAGUCGAAGCACCGGGAGCUGAGCACCCGGGCCGUGGAGCACUUCCGGCGCAUCAAGAAGAUGGGCGGCCGGGAGUUCAGCCAACGUUACGAGGACGAGCUGACGCAGGAGCUGAGCGACCUCUUCGAAGACCUGUCCAAGCAUAACCAGAGCAAAAACAUCUUCAACACUUUCCGGACCCCGGCUAUCCUCUUCGGCUUCAUUGUGGUGCUCUACGUGAGCUCGGGGAUCACCGAGUACAUCGGACUGAGUGUGAUUGCCCAGUUGUGCAACUUGAUAGUGGGGCUGUUGCUUCUCUCAAUGCUAGCCUGGGGCUACAUCCGAUAUUCGGGCGAAUACCGCGAACUGGGCAUAGUCAUUGACAAUACAGCGGAAUUCAUGAUGCAGAAGAUACGGGCUGUGGGGUCGCCUGCCCAUGUGCCCCCCUCCAGGGAGGAGCCUGUGGCCCCCGCCCCGCACAGGAAGUCUCAGUGAACGAAGCAGCGCAGUGAGGUCUGAAUCCCAAAAUGUCAUUGGUGACGGUGGGAUCACCACAAUCUUGCCUUUCCGGUCCAGGAAUCGCUUUUGCAGAGCUUCAUAGACAGCCAAUCUGAGCUUCUGAGUUGGGACUCCCGCCCCUCUCUUCCUGCUCAUUUUCCUUUGAUGGACCCCCCCUCCCCUGGUUUUUGAUUUCAACGCCCCCCCCCCUUCAAGAAAGAAGUCUUCUGCACUUUAAACAAGGGAACGAAAAAGGGUUUCCCUACCAGUUAGUGCCUUCUGUGAGUAAAGGAAACCAACUCGACAACUGUUGUUUCAGCUGCUGGCUUUUGUUUUUGUUUUGUCGGUUGUACCUGGAAGAAGCAGCCACCCCCCCUUCUUUCCCACCCCCCCAUAAAACAGCUCCCCCCAGGUACCAACCUCGGAGUGUUUAACUUACCCAGCUCUUUGGGUGAGAGUUUGGCCAAACUUCAAAAGGGUCUGCUGAGGCCGGCCAGGCCUAGCCAAAUAAUUAAAUAAAAUUAGGAAAGCUAUUUUAUUUUUAGUGCCUUUUCAGAACUGGACCGUUUCCUGCUUCGGCCAAGAGAAUCACGCCCAGCUACGCACCUCCACUGCCUUCUCAGGAAGUUCAAAUUGGAGAGGUGUUGGUGUUUUCAACGGCUCUUGCAUUGGUGCCUGUGUCUGUCUCUCUCUCUGUCCAACUUGGUGUCCAGUUCCUUUUGGUUCUUGUGUUGGCCUAACUCUGGAACACUGAAACGCAAGGGAUCUCCUUACAGGUGUAGUCAAGGCAAUGUUCCUUGAGUGUGGUUCCUGUGUGUGCAUCUGUAGCAUCCCUCAGCAAUCCUAGACACCCUUUGGGUUGAGGCACAGCCAGUGUCGCUGCCUUAUUGGCUGUUCUUUCUGUAUUUUACAGAAAUAAUUUCUUUUUUCUGAUUUUCCCAAGCUGGGGAGGGUGAAUCAGCUUCUGGGUCUCUUCUCUGCCCGUGUGUUGGAAGCCCGCUUUCCCAUCCUGAGCUACGCUCUUUUAAAUUCUGACUGUCUCUCCUUUGUCGCCCACCAAAUCAACUGUUAGUAAAAACUCUGUAGCAGGCUGGGCGUUCCCUAGCUGCAAACAUACCCAAAGCUCAGAGUGCCUCUUUCCUCCCCCCCCCUCCUCCUCUGCUUGGAAACCUUAUUUGACUAGGCCUAGCACCGAAAAUUAUUAUUCUGCUCCAAGCUUUGAGUCAUUCUAGCCUCACUCGGUCAGUAAGUCUUCUCCAGAAGGUGGAAUAGCUUUAUGCAUUCUGCAAGGUGCCCCCCCUUUUUUGGGGGGGGGACCUGUUUUGCCUUAUUCUUGCUGCUGCAUUGGAGUCUCGCUUCUUUCAGCCCAUUAGAGAGCAGGGAGCAAAUGGUAUCCGCAGAGUUCUUUCCCAGUUUAUUCUUACGAGCGCCCUCUGGUGGCCUUUCCUAUCGCAGCACGUUUUCUUUUCACAAAGAGUUUUUGCAUUCUACCUCUUUUUCAUUUAUGAAAUGAAGUGUUGCUCCAUUUCUAAACAGAAGUCUCUAAGCUCACAGUGCAGUUUUAUUUUCUCUGGGGAAGAGAAAAAUCUCUGAUCUCUCGAAUGCCAACAUUUUUGUUGGGGUUUUGCACCUUUGGAGUUACAAGAAUUUGAAUGAGCUAGUUCAGGUCAUUAUUUUGUAGAUGACACAGCUGAGUGCAAAAUGUGGUAGGAGGAAACAGAUCCUUCUGCGCUGGAAAACCUAGGCCAGGGUUAGGCAACCUUGGCUCUUUUAUGACUCGUGGACUUCAGCUCCCAGAAUUCCUGAGCCAGCAUGGCUCAGCUUGGAAACUUCUCCCUUUCCCCUCAGUGUGGCUGGCUCAGGAAUUCUGGGAGUUGAAGUCCACGAGUCAUAAAAGAGCCAAGGUUGCCUACCCCUGACCUAGGCCAUACGAAGGAAAGGCAGCGUGAAACCCAAACCAGGGACCAGAUUUUCUUUUUAAAGGGUUGAGUGGAAAAUGGAGAGCCAUGUUUGUGUUUGAGAACGAUUCCCAGAAUUCCUUUGGCCAUAGCUGCUCGGGAUUCUGGGAGUUGCAGUCCAAGACACCCAGAGUUUUCCCAGUGUGUGUAUGUGUGUGGGGGGAAAUGGAUGCUUCUCUCUCCCUGUUGUUUCCGCCUGUCACCCUUCGCUGUUUUCAGAACUCUUUUGACAAUUUUGUCAGUCAAAAACUUUCCCCCGUGGACCAAUGUGGCCAGGAUGUUGAUGCUGAAUUAUAUUUAUAAAGCACAAAAUAAAGCAUUCCACUUUGCAACUGCGAAAAUAAAGACUGGUAUACUGAAAUGGUGCGAA